CGAGUUUAACUAGUUUGGACAUCCUCAUAAAGCAAAUAUUACAAGAUUUGGAGACAAUGACUAGGAAUUAUGAGAUUAUAAAUGCAACCUGUGAAGGAUGGAAAGUUAUUUUAUCUAAUGAUAUUUUAAAGGUCGAUGUAACCGACAAAGGAAAUGGAGGAACUGAUAGUGAUUAUAUGGAAAUAUCUUAG